AGCCAGUCUGGCAACUCUUAUCAACUAGGUGGCAAUAACAAAAAAUAACAGGACGCUUCGAAUCCAAUUUCGAUUUAAUUCGUCUGAAAACUGGCAGUAGGCCCCCUUUAAGUUGCCCAGCAUGGAGCAAACAGAACUGUGCCGUGUGUGCAAUAUCGCAUCGGAUAACUGCUUGCCACUCUUCAAGCCGCACCUGGUCUCCGGCGAACUAACGACUCUGGCCAAGGUUCUGAGCUCCUGCAGCGGUCUGAAGCUCGUGGAGGCGGAGGACUUCCUGCCCCAGAACAUAUGCCAGGUGUGUGCGACCAAGCUGUGCCGUUUCUGGGAGUUCAAACGCGCCGCCCUGAAGACGGACGGGCUUCUACGACAACGCCAUGACGAUCUGAAGGAGAAGGAGCAAUAUUUCUAUGUGAUGGAGGAGGAGGAGGAGGAGGUCGUGGAGCACCUUAUGGAAGAUGACAAUGAAGAAGCCCAGUCAGAGGAAGACCUUGACCAGGAGUUUGUGAUAGAGCAGGACGAAGACCAGAGCCGGGAUCAGGAACUGGAUCCUGUAGAAGAUGCCUUUGUGGUGGAGGACCAAACUGGCCACCAGGAUGAGCUGGAAAUAAAGGUAGAGGAAGAGCUGGUAGCCAAGCUGUGGAAGCGAAGCAUUGCGGACCUAGAGGUUCACGAAGUUCAGGACGUCAUCAUCGAGGAGACCAGCCAGAGCCAGCUCUUCAUGGAGGAGGAAGACACCUUCGAGGUAGCCCCUGAACCGUCUGAAGAGCAACCCCAGGCGCUUAAUACCACUACCGCGAAGACCCAGACUUCGGCCAAUAGGGGCCGUCGCAAGAAGACCACAAAUCCCUCCCUGAAGUGUCAAAUUUGCGGAAAGCAACUGAGCACCAGCAACUCCUUCAAGUACCACAUGCAACUGCACAGCGACGAGAAGCCGUUUGUCUGUCAGAUAUGUGGCGAGUCAUUCAAGACCCGCAAUGCCCACGACGGCCAUGCCACCUUGCACGAUCCGAACAAUCCGAACACUUGCCCCACCUGCGGCAAGGUGUACCGGCAGGCGUCGUCGCUGCGCACCCACCUGCUGACCCACAGCGGCAUCAAGCCGUUCGAGUGCGGUGUCUGCGGCAAGCGUCUCACCCAGAAAUCGGGCUACAAGAAGCACAUGCUCAUCCACACCGGCGAGAAGCCGCACGAAUGUGAUAUCUGCCGACGCACCUUUCGCUAUUCGAGCAAUCUGAUUGCCCACAAACGUAGCCACACCCAGGAGAAGCCGCACCAGUGUCUGGUCUGUCAGAAGCGGAGCUUCGGCACCACCACAGAGCUCAACCGUCACAUGCUCGUCCACAACAGCGAUCGUCCGUUCGAGUGCCCGGAGUGCACCAAGACCUUCAAGCGCCAGGUCUCCCUCACCCUCCACAUUCAGUCGCACAAGAACGGCGGUGGUGGCAGUGGCGGCGAAGGAAAGAUCAAAAAGAAGGAAUGGAUGGAGCUGAAAGUGAAGAAUUAAGAGACGAAUCCCUCAUCCCUACAUCCCCACAAGAGUUUUCCACAUUUUUCAUGGAAACACUUGAAAAUAUUGAACCAAAAAAAGGAGAAGAGAACUGAGAAAACAUUAGUCAUAGAUUUAAAAAUUAAUUAUAAUCGUUUUCUCUAGACUCUGUAUUAUUAUUCUAAUUAGUUUUUAGAUAAAUUUAAAAUUUAAAAUUUCAAAUUCAGUUAUGAGUCAUGAGUGUAGUAGUUUUGAGAAGCUAUUGCUUUUUCAAAUAAAACCCAACCAAUUGCAAUCUUUUAGAGAAAUAAGUUUAGAUUUGUAUUUUAUUUGUUUAUUAUUAUUUGUUCUUUAUUAUAACAAGUUUAUUAUUCGGAUAAAUGGUUCAUUUCACUGUUCGUAUAAAUAUUUCUACAAGGGAUUAGAUCUUGGGAUGUCGUCGGGAAGCUAAUGGAUGGCAAGACGGGUUCAAAUACACAAAUUCUUCCAGUCUUUUUUGGAUUUGGAUGCUAUUUUUUAUAGACAAAAAAAAAAUGUUUUACUUUCUCGGGAAUAUAUUCUAUGGAAGUUCUGAUUAAUAUUUCAUGAUCUACAAUCUAAAAAAUAAACUAAAAAUUAAGAGAGAAAUCAAAUAAAUAUUUUUGUUUUCAAAUUUAACCAUUUAGAAGAGUACAGAACGAGCGUGUGUGUGUGUGCGAGUGAGUGAGAAAAUAAAACAUAAAACUGAGAAAUUAAAAAAAAAAAAAUAUAUAUAUACUUUAAAUGUUAAAUAAAUACGUGUUAAUUCUAAAUAAAAUAUAUAGUUUAUAUAUACGGAUUGGAUAAUGUGAGUGCUUGCUAAUACUUGGCAGACAUAAAAUGAGAGUAAGAUAUACAGACAUAUAGAGAUAUCGGGACAUACGUCUAUAUCCUAUAUACAGAUCACAAAAGGUCGCAUUUAAACAUAGGUUUCUCUGAUUCGUUAUGAUAUAUAUAUAUGAUAUA